AUGACUGAACGUUCAGUUCAAAUUUGGUUUCAGAAUCGACGAGCAAAGAUCAAGCAUUUAGCGAAAAAGAGCAUUGAAACUGGAGAGGACUGUGACGCGAUUCCCGAUUGCAUGCGUCAGUACUUGGCUAUGCAGGCAAUGGAAAAUGGAAAGGGAUAUCCUCGUGACAUGAUGGCAGACCGUUCCCGAAGUCUUUCGGCCUACGGCAACGGCAAUAUGAUGUUGACUCCUGAACCAAGUCCCCAAGGAAAGAUUGUUAUCCAUCAUUUUACCUGUCGAUCAUUGACCAUUGGUUCCUGGCGCCGCGUCGGCCAGAAUGCAAUGGAUCUUGUUAUCUUCUACUCACCUGAAAAGGCGUGUAUUACUUACUAUAUCAACAAUGACUCCGCUGGUUAUAAGAUUGAAUAUCCUUUCUCGUCUAUUAAAAACAUCGAGCUCGAGGGAUUGGACUCACCCACAUCUGCCGCCAAUGGAACACAGAAGCAGGGUCAGCUUGUUAUCAGUCUGACCCAGCCACCAAACUUCUUCAUGGAUUCGUCCGGCUCCGGGGGGUUUUACCAAUGCCGUGAUUUCACAGAAGAUCAACAAGCUUCCCAAGUUUUGGUCCAUCAACUUGGGGGGCCCCCUAAAGUGCUCCAGGGUCAACUUGCAAAGUUGAUGACAUCAGAAUCUUUUGCUAACAGACACAACCACCCUCCUGCGCACAUGGCGUUUUACGAGCACCCCACCCUGUCGGUUUCUGCUCCUGUCUCUCCACAAAUCAUACGCCCUGCUUCAUCAAACGAUGUCGAUUCAUUAUCGGUAUACCCCCAGGAUCCCACAUUUAGCCACAACUUCCACCAAAAGCAUCGCCGAACAAGGAGUAGAUCCGUACCGAGCGCCAUUGACUUUUCACAGUACAAUAUGCCAUCCUUCUCUUUCCAGGACCCACAGGAUCAUCUAUACGCCCCAGCGCCGCAACAUCCUCACUCACUGGUCAAUCCUGGGCUUUCGAAUCCUUUACGUAUUGAUACAUCCUCAUCAGGUUUUCUCGAUUAUAGACCUGGCUCAGCCUACCCUCUUUCUGCAGCCACCACAACUUCGCCCUCUGAUUAUGCUAGUCCAUCAAUGCUCAAUUCUUCUUUACAGCCUGAUAUGAAUGGAAAUGGCUACGGUACUCCCUACAGUUUGCCAUUCUUAUCGCCAAUGAUUGAUCCCACGGGGGUCAUCAAUCCUUCAGUCUCUCCAAUUUCAAUGGGUCAUGGUGAUCCUGUGAUUGCAAGUGCUUCACCGCCCUUGUCACACAUGCACCGCGCGGACAGCUCUGAGCUCUUUCCAGAGACAUAUGAUCACCACGGAAAUCUUUCGGAUGAUGGUGUUGGUUUAAGCGAACUGUAUUCAAAGCAAUCAUUGACCAUGUCAGGCAGCUCUCCAUCGGCACUUGACGAUUCAGACGAAGUUGACAUGCAGCACAUGAUGCAUUACCCGAUGUCCCAAGGUGUUUCGCCUCAAGGGAAUAUGAUGUAA